CGUGGGGCUCCCGCCGCCGCCGCGCCAUGGGCCGCUUCCCCGCCGCCGCCGCUGCCAUGGCGGCCGCCUUCCUGAGCCCCAGCCUCGCCUUCAGCUCCCACUUCGACCCCGACGGCACCCCCCUUAGCGAGCUCUCCUGGUCCUCCUCGCUGGCUGUCGUGGCUGUUUCCUUCUCGGGGCUCUUCACCUUCAUCUUCCUCAUGUUGGCCUGUCUGUGCUGCAAGAAGGGGGACAUCGGCUUCAAGGAGUUUGAGAACGCCGAGGGGGAUGACUACGUGACGGAGCUGUCGGCCCAGGGCUCGCCUGCCCCCCAGCAUGGCCCCGAGGUCUACGUGCUGCCCCUCACCAAGGUGUCCCUGCCCAUGGCCAAGCAGCCGGGGCGCUCAGUGCAGCUCCUCAAGUCGGCGGACCUGGGGCGGCAGAGCCUCCUGUACCUGAAGGAGAUCGGGCAUGGCUGGUUCGGCAAGGUGUUCCUGGGGGAAGUGAACUCGGGCAUCAGCAGCACCCAGGUGGUGGUGAAGGAGCUGAAGGCGAGUGCCAGCGUGCAGGACCAGAUGCAGUUCCUGGAGGAAGCGCAGCCCUACAGAGCCCUCCAGCACACCAACCUGCUGCAGUGCCUGGCCCAGUGUGCCGAGGUCACCCCCUACCUGCUGGUGAUGGAGUUCUGCCCGCUGGGUGACCUGAAGGGGUACCUGCGGAGCUGCCGGGGGGCUGAGGCCAUGACCCCGGACCUGCUGACCCUGCAGAGGAUGGCGUGCGAGGUGGCCUGCGGCGUCCUGCACCUGCACAGGAACAACUACAUCCACAGCGACCUGGCCCUGCGGAACUGCCUCCUCACCGCCGACCUCACCGUCAAGAUCGGGGACUACGGGCUCUCGCACUGCAAGUACAAAACCCUGCACACUUGGCAGGACGACUACUUCGUGACGGCCGACCAGCUGUGGGUGCCGCUGCGCUGGAUCGCGCCCGAGCUCAUCGACGAGGUGCACGGCAACCUGCUCGUGGUGGACCAGACCAAGGCCAGCAACGUCUGGUCGCUGGGUGUCACCAUCUGGGAGCUGUUUGAGCUGGGCAGCCAACCCUACGACCACUACUCGGACCGACAAGUGCUGGCCUAUGCCAUCAAGGAGCAGCAGCUGAAGCUGCCCAAGCCGCAGCUGAAGCUCUCGCUGUCGGAGCGCUGGUACGAGGUGAUGCAGUUCUGCUGGCUGCAGCCUGAGCAGCGCCCGACAGCGGAGGAGGUGCACCUGCUGCUGUCCUACCUGUGUGCCAAGGGGGCCACGGAGGCCGAGGAGGACUUCGAGAAGCGCUGGAACUCCAUGAAGCCCAACGGCAGCGCCGGCGGCAGCCACCACGGCCCCGAGCUCUCCUCCUUCCCACUGCUGGAGCAGUUCUCGGCCGACGGCUUCCCCUCGGACGGGGACGACAUCCUCACCGUCAUGGAGACCAGCCACGGCCUCAACUUCGAGUACAAGUGGGAGCACACCAAGACCGAGCACUUCCAGGCCCCGCUGGGGUCCCUGAGCCCCACCAGCGCUGCCCGCUACCACGACCUCUACUACCCUGCCACGACGGCGGGGCUCAGCCUGGGGGUCUCCCCCUCCUGCUACGAGUGCAAGGCCGGGGCCUGCCCUGGGGUGCCGGUGCCUGGCGUGGUGCCCAUCCUGGGUGCCCACAGCCCCUCUCUGGGCAGCGAGUACUACAUCCGCAUCGAGGGCCCCGGGGAGGGCAGCGCCGAGCUGGACUACGCCAUGUGCACCUACAGCCCGGCGGGCGAGCGGGGGCCCCUGCGCCCCCCGUCCUGCUGGAGAGCCCAGGGCGGCCGGAGCAGUGGAGCCUACGACUCUGAUGGCAGCCCCACCGUGUCCCUGAGCAUGGAGCCACUCCUGGGCCACGCGCCGGCGGGAGAGCCCUCCUGGGAGUGCGCCGAGUACUACCCCUACCCCUGCCCUGGGCAGGAGCCGCGGGGCUACGAGCCGUCCCCCAGCCACGGGGCCGAGGGGUACCUGCUGGAGGAGGAGCCCCCCCAGCCAGCCAGCCAGGACUGGCCCAUCCCCAGCUUCCAGCCCAGCAUGUUCACUGACCCGCUGGGCGUCUCGCCGUCAGGGAACUGCACCUACAGCCCCCGGAGGUACGGGGGGACACCGGGGCAGAGCGCGGCCCCGCCGGACUGUGUGGCGCUGGAUCUGGGCGAGGACAACCCCCCGAGUGCCCCCCACCCGCCAGGUGCCAGCCCCCCGCCUCAGCGCCACCCCUGGGUCUCCAACAGCUCCUCCAACAACAACAUCGGCAGCGGCAGCCCCCGUGAGCCCCCGGCCGGCGACAGCUGGUGCUAUCGCCGCAUGAUCACCUUCCGCGGGCUCAUGGCCAAGCCGCUGGGCACGGUGCCACGCGGCCAGCCCCAGCUCGGGGGGUCCCCGCCGGGACACGACUUCCGCUGCCCGCGGCAGGAUCAGCCCCCCGCCAUGGCCGGCGGCUCCUCCUCCCCGUGCCGCUCGCCCUCCCCGCGGCUCCAGGCCUGGCACGGCCGUGACUCAUCACCCUGCGGCCGCGCACAGGCAGUCACGCUGGCGGGCAGCCCCGCCACGCCGUGGGGCCCCGCCGCGGCCCCGACACCUGCGCCAGGGGCCCCUCGAGAUGCCCACCCGGAUGAGAGCGUGGCAGGGGGCAGCCCUGCCUGCAGCCCACUGCCCCACGCCGCUGGGGGGCCGGGGGAGGCCACCCCCAUGGCUGGCACCACCGCCCCAAACCCCGGCCUGCCCGUUGAGCCUGGCACAGACAGCGUCCAGCCCACGGCAGAGCCCGCCGAGGCUUCCACACCGAUGCCCACGGAGGCCGUGGCUGAGAGUGGCGCCUGUGCCACCAGCGACGCCGACCGGACACCGGACAAGACCUUCUCCAGCGGCAGCUUCCCCAGCGUGGACGAAGGCAGCGAUGAGGACACGGCAGAGCUGACCUCCGGCGUCUUCACCGACUUCUCUGCGGACUACACGGAGCGGACGGAGGCAGCCCCAGCACUCAGGUCCCUGCAGAAGCAGGUGGGGACCCCGGACUCGCUGGAGUCACUGGACAUCCCCUCCACGGCCAGUUCCUGCGAGGUGCUCAGCCCCGGUGCCUUUGUGCCCUCUGGCCAAGCCCGUGCCCUGGACAGCGGCUACGACACCGAGAACAACGAGUCCCCUGAGUUUGUCCUCAAGGAGCCCCACGAGCCCCGAGAGCCAGAGGCCUUCAGCCAGAUGGCAAAGCCGCCCCCGGGGCUGCCAGGGGGUGAGGGCGAGGGUCCAGCCCCCGAAACGCGGCUGCCCAGCGGCCUGGGGGCUGAGCUGCACAGCCUGGCAGAGAAGAGCCCCUACCGUGACUCUGCCUACUUCUCCGACUGUGACGCCGAGGCUGAGCGCGGCCCCAAGGACGAGGGGGACAGUGAUGGAUCCCACACCCCAGAGGCAGAGGAGGGUCCCCGCUCCCCUGAGCAGGAUGUGGGGCGAGGGGAGGACCCGCUGCACCCGCCGGGAGCACCCGGCAGCCCCCCAGCAGCUCCUGGUGUGGCGGUGGCAGUGCCUGUGCCAGUGGCGCGGGCUCUGGAGGGGGACUGGGAGGGGGCUGAGGACAGGAGCACACCGGCCGGCCCCACGGAGCAGGCACCUGGCACCGAGCAGUGCCCCGCUGGCACGGGGCUGGUGCCGGGCAGCCCCCCGCGCCCCGACACAGACAUCUGUCCCCCAGGCUCUGUCACCCCCAAGACUUUCCUCUUGACCCCGGUGCCUGCGAGCCCUGGGGAGCCACUGGCCACAGGAGGGGCCCAGGUGCCUGACGGUGCCCCUGGACUUGGAGGAGCUGUGGCAGGGGAUAAACAGACUGUGCCCCCCGUGCUGGGGCCUGGGGAUCUGCGGCUGCCCCCAGAGGUGACCGGGGUGGGUGAUGCGCCGGGGGGUCCCAGCACGCUGCUGCCCAGGGCUGAGCCAGCUCCGGGCCUCUCCCCGCUCCCGUCGGCCCCUGAGCGCCGCGAGGAGCCGGAGGAGGAGGAUGAGGACACGGAGGACAGCGACGAGUCGGAUGAGGAGCUGCGCUGCUACAACAUCCAGGAGCAGAGCGAGGAGAGCGAGGAGGAGCCGGCGGCCGUGCCCAUCGUGGUGGCCGAGAGCCAGAGUGGCCGGAACUUGCGCAGCCUCCUCAAGAUGCCCAGUCUGCUCUCCGAGUCCUUCUGCGAGGACCUGGAGCGCAAGAAGAAGGCCGUCUCCUUCUACGAUGACGUGACCAUCUACCUCUUCGACCAGGAAAGCCCCACGCGGGAGCUGGCUGAGCAGGGUUUCCCAGAGUCCCCCCUGCCUUCGGGGCAGCCCCCUCUGCCUUUGGGGCAGCCCCCUGCGAGUGGCAGCCCCCCCAGCCCCACAGACAGGCUCGGAGCCUCGGACGACUCCUCAGAUGGCAACGCCUCGGAAGAGAGCGGCGGCUUUGAGUGGGACGAUGACUUCCCGCUGAUGCCGGUGAAGCCGUCCCUGGUGUCCUCGCUGCCGGGGACGCCGGCAGAGACCCCCGCGGCCGUGCCCGCCCUGCCUGCCCUGGUGCCGGCACAGAAACAGGUGCUGCCCAUCCAGUUCUCCCGGUUCACGGUCUCGCCCGCCCCAGUGUCCCGGUUCUCCAUCACCCACGUCUCCGACUCGGACAUGGACUCCAUAGGAGGCAGCAGCGAGGACGGUGACCGGGAGUGAGCCCGCGGGGACGCGGCCGGCAUCGCCCCGGCACCGGGGAGGCGCAGGACGGCGGGGCCAGGCACGGGGACUGCCCGUGGGCUCCCGGGCCCUGCUCUGGAUUUUUUAGGCAGAUUUUCUCGGAAGGAACUCGUUUGCUGCUGCGAGUGGGAGUGGGGCCGUGCCCCCCGCGGGGCCAGGCGGUGGGUGACGGUGACGGCCGUGCGUGUGUGUGCGGUGGCUGUGUGCGUGCGUGCGAAAUACACACUUAUAUAUAUAUAUACAUAUAUAUAUAUAAAUUAUAGCGUUUAAAGGGUAGUGCCCUGACCUUGCUAACAUUUGCGGAGUGUCCCCCCCCAGUGAAGUCCCCCCCCUUGGCUUCUUGCCCACGCGUGCUCCCCGAGGCGGUGUUUGUCCCCACACCUCCUGUGCUGUCCCCUCCCCAUGCCGUGCGCUUGGUCUUGCACCUUGUGGCAGUUUGGCUGCCCCAGGGCUGCCCCACAGCCACCCUACAGCUGCCCCACGGCUGCCCCACAACCACCCUACAGCUGCCCCACGGCUGCCCCACAGCCACCCCACAACAUUCCCGAGUGAGGAGCCACUGGCUGCUGCCACUCUUGAUGUCACUCCCUGUGCCAGGGGUGCCACUGUCUCUCCAGAGUGGGCACCAUGGUUUUUGGGGCUUGGGGGGGCUCCCCUCCCUUGGCUUUCGGGGAGCAGUCCCAGCGGGGGGAUCCUGAGGGCUGGUGGAACCGUUGCCCACUGUGGCAGGGAACGACACGUGGAGGGCUGGUUAGGGGGGAACAUCCCCCCACCAGGACCUGCCAACCUGACUAUUUUUGUAUUUAAACAAAAGGAUUAAAAAAACCCACCCCAAACCCACCCCAGAACCAAAACUCGCUGUUGAUUGACCCCACAUUGACGCAAUUUUAAGUUAUUGCUGCCAAAGAGACGUAUCGAGUCGGGGGGAGGGGGGCAGGGGGUGCUCGUGGUUCUUUGUUACAUUUUUUUUUUUUUUUUAAAUUUGGUUUCUUUGUUAUUUUUUUUUUUUAAUUCAUUCGAGGCUUAGGAUAAUUGUGCAAUUGCAGCUUCCGGAAGGAAAUAGAAGUAAGCGGAGCUGAACGAAACCUUGAAAUCAGGGCUGGUUCCUUUUGGGGUCUAUAGACCAAACCCUGAGGUGAGAAAUGUCCCCUCUGAGCGCCCCCCGCCCCAUGUCCUGGCUCCUGGUACCCCGUGUGGGGCACACAGAUGUCCUCGUGCACAGACGUGCACCCACGUGGGAUGGGGCUGGUGCCAGGAGUUUUGCUCCAUGCCAUGGGAUGAUCCAUCCAUCCUGGGCUGGACACAUCUCUGGCACCAGGACCCUGUGGGAUGAGCCCAUCCCCAACCUGGCACUGUGAUGCCACUCAGGUUCCAGCCAGGUGUUCCCAUGCUUGCCCACCCUCUUCCCACCCAUCCAGCAUGUUUCAGCCCACCCUGGAGCUGUAUCCCAACUGGAGCCCCCUCAGUGCUCAGAAGGCUGUUGUGGGGGU